AUGGCAGAGCCGCAAUACACCGUCUUCGUCAGGGUCCCCAUCCCUCGUCGGGGCUUCGUUGAUCCGCCUGCCGUCAGUUGGGACAUCGCCAAAGACGAGGCUCUGUGGAAGAUUCUCUCCCAGCACAAUGAAAUAGACUGGAAUCUAGUGGCCGACCGAUUCGAAGUCCCCGUCGAUUUUCUGGUCCAGCAGGUGGCCUAUUUGAACGAACGACACCAGUCACACACCCUCGCCCAAGUUCGAAAGGUCGCGGCAGCCAAGGGCUCAGCGACCCAGUCACCUAUACCUGGAGCCGACCUGGCUGGCGCAGGACAUACGAGGACACCGUCGGCCUUGUCUAUCCGUCGCGAUGUGCCCAUGCUACGGAAUGAGAGCGGCACUUCUGGGCCUGCUAUGAAUGCGCCCGUUCGCCCGACUAUGUCUCGCAACACCUCGGCGACUACGACAGUCAUGAGAGAUGGCGGCGGCGCCUCUCCUAGGAUAGGCAAUAGACUCAAUCUCCGGGGGGCUGGGCAAGCUGGGGGGAUACGGCUAUCGUCAUUGCCGAUGCAACUGCCAUCGCCAUUGCCGGCGCCGACGCCAAGGUCCCCUAAGCUGCCUGGGGCUGAAAUCAACAGGAUGGAUUCACCUGGCCCAGCCGAGACGAGCUCAACUACCUCAUCCGACGACGAAUCGAUGCCGGCUCAGUCUCGUAUCAUCCGUCGACCACCACGACCUCAACAGCAAGACUCAUCUCUCGGCUAUGUGGGGGAUGAGGAUGACGAGUCGGAGCCUGCGUUUCAGCCGUACAAUGCGCUAUCUGCUGGUACAUCCUCGCACGACCUGUCGUCUACAUUGAAGCUGAGGAACCAAGAGGGCCGAAACCAACCGAGACGGACCCCAAAGCCAUUUACCAAAGAACUCCACCACUCGCAGACCUCUGACUCGUCAGCAAGCUCCCCCGCUAUGGUGUCGCGGCCAGGCAAGUUGCGAGAGCGCAACAGUGCCGGCCCCUCGUCUCCUCACCGUAACACACAGUCGCAGGAAAACAGUGAGGGCACGCCAAGCAUCAGCAGCAGCUUUAGUGACUUGGACGAUACAAUCUUUGCUUUGCAGCCCCUCGAGCCACUGCUAUUCGCAUCUCUCCAUUUCUCCCCGGAUUCAGCGCUAAUAUUGCAGUUGGAGAUGCAUCAGCGACGCAACACGCAUCCUCGCUCUUACCGACGGGUGCUCGCAGCUGGCACGGCUCGUCGCGUUAACAUGCUAUACUUUAUCAACGACCAAGAUGAAAUCAGGUCCAUCGAGGAUCCCGAUAAUUACUUCAAAUUCUUUAUUGAUCGCAACCCCCGGAUUUGCGCUCGUCAGCGAUUCGAAUUCAACCAUGCCCUGGAAUCCGUUAUUCAUGAGCGUCUAGAGAAAGAAGGCCAGCAGAAACUCCUCCUCCCUCUGGGAAUACCGACCACCGAGCCUCACAUGCCAAUCUUCGUCGCCCCAAAUCUGGAGACUAAAUCUCGUAUUGUGGUCAUAUUCGGCGAACCUACACAGGAGCUUGGGCUCGUGGCCGGCCGUGUGGCUAAUGGAGCUGGAGGCAUUAACGAAGGAAGCAUGGUCUCCGUGGUUCGCGCUCUCGCAUCGCAGCGUUCGUCUCCAGACGAUGCCUCUGCACCAGGUGUCGUGCUGGCAAAUAUGGGUCAGACGUACUUCUGGCCUCAGGGAAACCGUGCAAUUACGGUUCUUGCGAGCUCGUAUUUGCCGUUGCCCAGCCUGUUGCAUAAAGGCAUACGACACGUGCCAGCGCUGAACGACAUCCCGGGCAACGAGGGUCCGGAGCAGCACGUCAAGUACAUCUUUGGCGAGGUGCUUCGCUCCAUGGCAAGUGAGAAGGCCAUGGUGGAUGUUAUAGCUAUUGGAGACAGCUGUGAAAUUGUGGAAAAGUUCCUGGAUGGCAAAGAAGCCUGGGAAGUCUGGGGCAAGAGGCUUAGUUCUCUGAUACUGUUGAGCCCGGUGUGCGAAGCGGACGGUUUGACGAACGAACAGUUCAAAGACUUCAUGACAAAGCGAGCGCGUGGUUAUCUCGUCUGUCCCGAGCCCCUCGGCACUCCCCUGGCUCCCCCUGAAGGCAAUUCGGAGCUCAGCAUUGCGCCCCUGGGCUUUCCAUGCUUCUCUUCAUCCGAGCCAAUGUACGCCGAGACUAUUCUUAUUCGGGCCCGAUCUCAUAUCCUCUCGCACAUCCAGGAUGUAGCUAUGGAUCCAGGCUAUGAGAAUCCAGCCAUCACGCCGAUCGAUUGCCCGCCACCUGCCAUGACUGAGCAGCACUGGGAUGAUUUGCCCGAGGAGGAUAAACCUGUGGUAGAGAAGGUUGACCCGGCAGAGUUCAAGGAGCAGGUGAAGCAGGCUAAACGCUGGAGGAAGUUUCAAGAGACUGGAAAGGCACCGGAUACAGAUUCGGAACCGGAGACGGAUGUCUAA